GCUGACCAAUUCACAGACUCAGAACUCGUUGACCUCAGGGAGAGCUUCGAAGCCUUUGAUCGCAAUAGCGACGGCACCAUCUCCCGCCGCGAGCUCCACUCUCUCCUCCACACAGUCGGACACAAGGUCAAUGCCCGCGGUCUCGAGGAUCUCCUCACACAGUACGAUGCUGACCAGUCAGGCGCCAUCGAUUUUAACGAAUUCGUCAAGCUGACCGCCGAGGAGAUCGCCGGCUUCAAGGAGAGCUUCAAUGUCUUUGACCGCGACGGAAAUGGAGCCAUCAAUGCCUCAGAGCUGCGUUCCUUGUUAAAGCUCGUCGGCGAAAAGUUCCACACCACCUCGGUUGCACACACUCUCAAAGAGUUUGACACAAACAACGACCAGCACAUUGAUUUCGACGAGUUCUUGGUCAUGGCCGACAAGUUGAUCAAAAACAAAUCGCCCUAG